AUGGGAUCCUAUGAAAAUAAUUCAAUUGCUGAAAAUUUCUCCAAAUCUGUGCUUUCUGAUUCAUCAGUAAUUUUUUCGUACGUUUUUGAAAAUAUUUCAAAGCUAAGUGGAAAGAAAAAAUCACCCUCGUGCCAUAUUAACAAUUUACCAUGGAAUAUAUUAAUAAUGGCAAAUAUUAAAAAUACAUCAAUAAUGUCCAAAAAGUAUUUGUCUAUAUAUUUACAAUGUGAUCCAGAUGAUGUUCCGAAAAAUUGGUCAUGUCAAGCGUCUGCCGACAUUAGCAUUAUGCCAGUAAAAUUAGGUGCAGAACCAAUAACCAAAUCUAUUACAAACUUAUUUACAGCGAAAGUUAAUGAUUGGGGUUUCACUGAUUUUGAAAGUUUUGAAUAUUUAUUGAAUCCAGAGAAUGGUUAUUGCACAAAUGAUUCAAUUAUGAUACAGAUGCAUGCAAAUGUUGAUAUCCCACAUGGUGUGUUUUGGGAUUCAAAAAAAUAUACAGGCGUAUUAGUACCAAACGCUCAUAAUUAUAUUGGUUUUGUUGGCCUAACUAAUCAAGGUGCAACAUGCUAUAUGAAUUCAUUAUUACAAACAAUAUUUUUUACAAAUGAACUACGACGUGCCAUAUACUGUAUGCCAACUGAAGCUGAUGAUGCAAAGAAAUCUGUUGCAUUUGCAUUACAACGUUUAUUUUACGAUUUGCAGUUCUCCGAUAAAUCAGUUGAAACUAAGCUUUUAACAAGUAGCUUUGGUUGGAACACAAUGGAUUCAUUUACACAACAUGAUGUGCAGGAAUUCUUGCGUAUUCUAUUGGCAAAAAUUGAAAAGAAAAUGCAAGGUACCAGUUUAGCUUCAGUUGUACCGAACUUAUUUUCUGGUAAGAUGUGUUCAUACAUCAGAUGUAAAAAUAUUGAUUUUAACAGUUCAAAAGAUGAAACCUUCUAUGAUAUUCAGUUAAGAGUUAAAGAUAAAAAAAAUAUCUAUGAAUCAUUUCAAGAUUAUAUAGCACCAGAAAUACUAGAUGGUGAAAACAAAUAUUUUGCGGAUAAUUAUGGUUUACAGGAAGCUGAAAAGGGACUUAUUUUUAAGUCGUUACCACCAGUAUUACACUUACAUUUAAUGAGAUUUCAGUAUGAUCCAUUAAGCGAUAGUUGCAUUAAAUUUAAUGAUUAUUUUGAAUUUUAUGAAACUAUAGAUCUUUCAGAAUAUUUAGUUACAGAAGAUUCCCCAAAUGAUGAAGAACAUAAAGUAGCCAAAUAUAAAUUGCAUGCGAUUUUGGUUCAUUCUGGUGAUAAUCACGGUGGUCAUUAUGUUGUUUAUAUAAAUGUAGAUGCAAAAGAUAAAUGGUACAAAUUUGACGAUGAAGUGGUGUCAAUUGUUACAUCAAAGGAGGCGAUCGAACAAAAUUAUGGUAUCAAGCAAGAAGAUAAAGCUAAAACAAACAAUACUAAAAUAUAUAGCAGUGCUUAUAUGUUGUCAUACAUAAAAAUACCAGACAUACCCGAAAUUUUAAAAGAAAUAAAUGAGACUGAUAUUAAUAUGGAAUUUUUAGAGCAUCUUAAUGAAGUAAAACGGAUUGAAAAUAUUGAACAUUCCACAAACAAUCAAAAUAGAAUUCAGAUAAAUGUUAUUGAUGAAGAUAACUUUGAUAUUGAGAAUACACGCAAUUUCUUAACAAGCAGCAAAAUUAGUUACGUAACAUUUCGAGUUGAUGUCAAAAAAACGAUACGUGAUCUAAUAAAUUUGAUAUCAAAUAAUCAUCAAAAUUUAGAUCGACCUUUGCAAUCGUUGACCGAAUUACGUAAUCCAUGUAUAUCAUACCGCAAAUUUCAAGAUAAGAUAUCUGAUAUUGUUGAAGAAAUGAAAUUAAUUUUGAAAGAACAAUACAAUGUAGAAGAUGGAUGUGAGUUUAAAGUUUAUGAUGAAAAUUCUGGACAAAUACUGGACUAUACAGAUUCUUUAGAUAAAAUCGAACUUACAAAACUCAGAAACGAAACUAACUUUUUGACUCUAAUUUUUGAAAAAUGUUCACGUAAUAAUGACAUCUCUAUUAGUCCAUCAUAUCAACAUUUUAUAUUAGAUCGACAUAAUGAAAUUGAAGUUUCGUUUAUUAAUAAAUCUACAACUGCAACUCCAAUAAUGACACUUAAAUUGCCAGAAAAUAAUAAUCUAGAACAAAUGGCCUAUGAAUUUUAUGUUAUACAAGCUGCCAAAAAUGAAAUUAAUAUAACUGAAAAUGAAAUAAAUUAUCGGUUAGUAAAGAUUGAAAACAAUGUUAUAAUUCAAAAGCUUCACGAUGAUGUUAAAUUAUCGAAUUUGGAUCAGUUUUGGGAGAGUGAUUUUCAAUUAACCAUAAAAGAUUGUUAUCGUAUUGAAGAAGUAGAAAAAUAUGACACAACAUUAUACAAUAAUAUUGAUAUAAAGGAUGUUGAUACUCUGAAAAAUAGUUUUGGUGUACCAUUUUUUGUAAUGGCAAAAUUAAAUCAAAGUUUUGAAGAAAUUUGUGAUGAAAUUCGGAAAAAACUUUGCGUGUCAGAAACUGAAUGGUCAGAUAAAUAUAAAAUAUGUAUUGUAAAUUAUCGAAUUUCAACCAGUGUUACUUAUUUAAAUAAUAAUAAUUCAAAACAAUCUGGCGCACUUCAAUAUUUUCGAGAAAAUAGUGAUGGAAAUUCAUGA